AAAGCAGAUUAGAUUUAUCUGAAAAAUGUCCUCUCCAGCUCCAAACUUCGUUUCCCACUCGGAUCGCGUCAAGUCGGUGGACUUUCAUUCUGAGAAGCCAUGGAUUUUGACUGCUUUGCACACUGGAAAUGUUCAAAUCUGGAAUUAUGACACUAAAACGUUGGUCAAGGCUAUGGAGGUCUCCGAAAAAUCCACGCGUGCCGCCAAAUUCAUCCAUCGUAAAAACUGGAUCGCCACCGCUUCCGAUGAUCAGCAAAUCCGGAUCUUCGACGCUGAAACGUUCAGCCUAAUCAACGAGUUCACAGCUCACUCUGACUUUAUUCGCUCCCUAACCGUGCACCCGACACUUCCCUACCUCAUAUCGGCUUCCGACGAUCGUAAGAUCCGAGUUUGGGAUUGGGAAAACGAGUGGAGAAUGGAGCAGGAAUUCCAGGAGCAUGCUCAUUAUAUCAUGCAAAUUGCCGUGAACCCUGAAGACCCGGAGAUGUUUGUCAGUGGAUCGUUGGAUAAAACUUUGAAAGUCUGGAAGCUCGGUGAGCAAGAGUCGAUUUGCACUCUGGAGGGUCAUGAGAAGGGGGUGAAUUGUGUGGAGUUUCUGACCGGUGGGAGAAUUGUUUCGGGCUCCGAUGAUUGCUCAAUUUGUGUUUGGGAUAUUCAGACCCAAAAAUGCAUUGAAACUCUAAAAAAUGCUCACAAAAACAACGUUACCUUUGUCACCCCAUUCAAGACAUGGAUUAUCUCCGGAGCCGAGGAUUCUACUGUAAAAAUUUGGAAUUCGCAGACUUUCUCAUUGGAAAAGGAGUUGAAUUUUGAGAAGGGAAGAGCUUGGUGUGUGGCUGCUGGAAAAUCCGAUGCAAUUGCAGUUGGAUUUGACUCUGGAGCUGUUACAGUGGAAAUUUGAGCUUUUUCGGAAAUUGUAUGUGCUAAAUAACGAUAUAUUAUAAAUAUUCUGCAAAUGUAUACAGUUUUUUGAAAUAAAGUGUAUUCAAGUUAAA